AUGGAGGACCCUCGGGAGAGGGCAUACAAGGCGGUGGCCUAUUCAGCGGUCACCUUCUCUCUUGUCGCUAUUCUCUCCGUUUGUAUCACCAUGCCUAUAGUGUACAAUUUUGUAGACCAUGUACAGCAACAGACCAAGAGGGAUCUCCAGUUUUGUAAGUCGUCAGCAAGAGACAUCAUGACGGAGAUCACUCACAAGAAGCCCGCAUCGUUUGCAUCAAUCGCGGCGAAUGCUACCAGUGCAAGAGCCAAGAGGCAGGCUGGCUCGUGUGCAUCGUGCUGCAAGCCUGGACAUCCUGGACGUCCUGGUCUGCCCGGCAGAAAUGGAAAACCCGGAGUUCCUGGAGCACCAGGUCGGCCAGGUGCACCUGGACGACCACCGAUUGUAUGCGAGGAACUUGAUAUUCCUCCAUGCAAUCCAUGUCCACCUGGA